AUGAGGGUCUCCGCAAUUCUUGUACUCACUGUGAUGGCGUUCCAGGCCAACGCCUUGGGGGACAAGCAAACCACGAACCAGGAAGUCACGCAAACAGGUGGUGAAGGUGGCUCCGGAGGCGAUAUUAACCUGGAUGGUGGCAACGGCGGCGAUGGUCCUACCAGCACCGGUGGCGACGGCGGCGACGGCGGUGACGCCUCUGGCGGACAAGGCACCGACUUCAACCUGACCAACCAACACACCACCCAGGGCGGCGCUGGCGGCACCAACAGCAACGGACAGGCCACGGAAUGCAACGGCAGCUGUGUGACCUAUGUCACCCAGUCGUCUGUGGGCGCCAACGGCGGCGCGGCCGCAGACUACAGCAACGUCCAGCUGCAAGGCCCCAUCGCCAACACCGACUCGAGCGGCGGAAGCUCUGUCGGCGGUAAUGGUGGCGAAAGCAAUGCUGAGGGAGACGGCGGGGCGGGCAGCCAGAAUGCGGAAAGCACGGGAGGGGAUGGAGGGGAUGGGAAUCAGGGUGGCACAAACGAAGGGGGUUCCAACGAGAACUCGAACUCGUUCUCGGCUGAGCUCCCGGUGAAGUUCCCGUUUACUCGCCGAUACCAGCCAGGCGCGUACGAGGCGCGCAACGCGGGCAUUUGA